CAUGUGAUAUACAGGGUUGUGUACUCAUAUUUGAAUAUUAAAUCUUUAAACAUAUUUCUAUACUUUUUUUUUUUUUAAUUUUCUCAAAAAGUCUAACGAAACUAACUGUCAAUGCUUCAUUUGGUUAAGACCAUCAUAAUACUAAUCAAUUUUACGAUUUAAAUCAAAUAAGGAAAAAGUCGCGUAAAAUAAAAUUGUUCCUAAAUAUGUGCACGGGACUGGAUACAGUUAUGAAAGUUAUAUUGGUGUGUCUAUGUCUUGUAACAUACGUUACAUGUAAAGACUGUACUUUAGAUGAUGAGUGUUCAUGUACAUUUGAUGACGGAAGUGGUAAAGUAGAUCUUACAAGCCUUGGAAACACAGAUGACUCGCCAAGAUUCCAAGACGUGUUAUAUAGUGACGAGGGCUACUAUUAUUCCUACAACCCAUGUGGAGGUUUUACAGAGGGUGAUUGUCAAGACGCCGCGGUUUGUGUUUCAAAUCAAGACAAAUCUGAACAACAACAAAUUGGGGACGCAUCUAAAGCAGCUUUUAAAUGGGACGAUGAGCAAAACAAUGUCAUUGUUGCGUACACAUCUGGACAUGGAGUAUUAAGAUUAACAACGGUUAAUCUCAAAUGCGACCCCAGUGCGUGUACACCAACGUUUGAGCCCGAGGGGGAACAAGGAGCUGGUCAAUUUGAAAUGACGAUGACAACCGUUUGCGCAUGUGCGGGUAUGUGUGACGCUAGCGGCCCCACGCAUUGUUCUGGCAAAUCUGGUAGUGCUGGUGGACUCAGCGGCGGUAGUAUUCUUCUCAUUGCAUUUUUCACUAUACUCGUCAUUUAUUUAGUUGCUGGUGUACUCUUUAUGAAAUUUAAAAACCAGGCAACGGGAACAGACUUGAUACCGAAUAAAAGUUUAUGGGCGAGCAUUCCAGGUCUUGUUGUGACUGGAAAUAAGUUUGUUAUCAGCAAAGUAUUGAGGAAACCGAUGUCAUAUGACAAGAUCUGAUGACUGGAUUAAAGAAGACAGAAAAGGUUUUUUAACAUUCUCACAAGCUCAGCUUAGGCAUUUCAUUGAACCUGUUGUGUGUAUAUUAGACAUUUAAUGUAGAACUCAUUUUAUUCUCAUAUGUUACAACAUAUGCACGUUACAAAUAUAGACCUUACACGCAUGUUGCAUGAUGAUAAAUAAAAUAAAUGUUUAUAAUGGA